AUGGAUGCGGCGCAGUGGCAUCAGGGGCUAGGGCUAGGGAAGCACAUGGAGGAGAUGCUCAUGGCUGGAAACGCAAAUCCAAACCAGAAUCCAAACCCGCCACCGGCUGCGCCCUCGGCUCCCGGCGCCCAGAGGGCUGGCGCUCCCCCUGCGGCUGCGGCGGCAGCGCCUAGCGCUGGCGCGACCGGAGGGCCAGCGGGGGCGGGCACGGAGCGGCGGGCGCGGCCGCAGAAGGAGAAGGCGCUCAACUGCCCGCGGUGCAACUCCACCAACACCAAGUUCUGCUAUUACAACAACUACAGCCUGCAGCAGCCGCGCUACUUCUGCAAGACGUGCCGCCGCUACUGGACCGAGGGCGGCUCGCUCCGCAACGUCCCGGUGGGCGGCGGCUCCAGGAAGAACAAGCGCUCGUCCUCGGCCGUGUCGUCGGCGGCCGCCUCCACCUCCGCGGCGAUGUCCGGCACGGUCUCCGUGGGGCUCCCGGCCAAGAACCCCAAGCUGAUGCACGAGGGCGCGCACGACCUCAACCUGGCGUUCCCUCACCACAACGGCCGCGCUCUGCAGCCACCGGAGUUUCCGGCGUUCCCGAGCCUGGAGAGCAGCAGCGUGUGCAACCCCGGAGCGGCGGGCAUGGUGGGCAAUGGCGCAGCCGGCAGGGGCAUGGGCGCGCUCUCGGCGAUGGAGCUGCUGAGGAGCACCGGCUGCUACGUCCCCCUGCAGCACGUUCAGCUCGGGAUGCCCGCCGAGUACGCAGCCGCGGGAUUCGCGCUGGGCGAGUUCCGCAUGCCCCCGCCGCCGCAGUCUCAGAGCGUGCUCGGGUUCUCGCUGGACACGUACGGCACGAGGGGAGUUGGCGGCGCCGCCGGGGGUUACAGCGCCGGGUUGCAGGACAGCGCGGAUGGCAGGUUGUUCUUCCCCUUCGAGGACUUGAAGCCGGCGGUGAGCGCAGCUGGCGGCGGUGCAAGCAACGGAGCCGAUCAUCAUCAUCAGUACGAGCACAGCAAAGAUCAAGCUGCAGGCGGCGACGGCAGCGGGGCCAGCGGCGUCACCGGUGGCCACGAGACUCCAGGGUUCUGGAGCAAUAGCAUGAUCGGGAAUGGCAGCAGCAAUGGUGGCGGAGGCCCUUGGUAA